AGCCCGUCGGUCCGCCUGCAGCAGACAAUGUUUCUCUUAACGACUGGAUCAGGUUGGCUUUGAACGGUAGCUGGCGUAUGGUGGAUAUUUGCAUGGCGGAAAGAUCACGAGACGAGAAGCGUCUAAAAUAAAUAAUUCCCAGACCAUGAACUAUGUGGGUCAGUUGGCAGGCCAGGUGUUUGUCCAGGUCAAGGAACUGUACCGGGGACUCAACCCUGCAACACUAUCUGGCUGCAUCGAUGUCAUCGUGGUACGACAGCCAGAUGGAUCACUGCAGUGCUCCCCCUUCCACGUCCGCUUUGGCAAGAUGGGCGUCCUGCGGUCCCGUGAGAAAGUGGUGGACAUAGAGAUCAACGGGGAGCCGGUGAACUUGCACAUGAAGCUAGGAGAGAAUGGAGAAGCGUUCUUUGUGAAAGAGGCUGAAAACAUGCUGGAAAUAGUGCCAUCCCACCUGGCAACAUCGCCCAUUUUGUCAACAGGGGCAGCAUUAAUGGAAUCCCAGCUGAGCAGGGGUGUGUCUCGGCUUCAAGACCCAGGCCCUAGCACGUCCCUUCCUGUACACACCCUGGGACCCCAGCAGAGUGAUGCAGGGAUGACAAAGAAGCGGAGGAAGAGGAGGAGGAAGGCUAGGCCAGAGGGAGGAGGAGACAGGAGAGAGGAGAGCGGGGAAGAAUUCUCCGAGGAUGAGGACAUGUUUACCAUUGACAUGAGCUCAGAUGAGGAGAGGGAGGCUGAUGGUAACAGAUCAUAUGGCGGUCCAGGGGCUAAAGCCAAGACAUUAUUAAGCAGUACCUACACACACCCCAGCACUGAUUGGACUCGCUCAGAGAGUUCUGUGAUUAAGAAGAUUGUCUCCAUACCGCCAUCCAGUGGCUUAUCAAUCUCAUGCCCUCAGCAGACCUCUCUCCUCUCUUCCUCUGUCAGCCCUACCGACUCACGGUCAUCAACACCAAAGAGUGACUCAGAGCUGUCCAGUCAGGGCAAAGACAACCCCGAGAUGCUAUGGACCUGGGGGGAACUGCCACAUGCUGCUCAGCCUCCCUUCCUGUCCUCACACUCUGACUCUGCAGCAGCGGCAUGCCCAGUCUCCAUCCCCGUAUCUGACAGCACUCACUUCAGAACCAUCUCAGACGCUGGACCCCCAUCUCUCAGUCUCUAUGUCCCCCGGCCCGAGGGACAGUCUCCUGGGGCUGGGGAAACUCAGGUUGGGGCUGAAAAAAUCCAAGAUGAAAGCAGAGUUGGAUUGCAGAAUAAGGCUGGAUUGGAGACAGGAGCAGAACAAGGGAGAGGGGUGGAGAGUGUGGAGGCGACACAUGGAGAGGUGGAGGGGUUGACAACCUCCCCGUCCUCUCCUCGAAUUCUCCCUGACCAUCUGGAGGAGGGUGGGAACAGAGGAAGUCCUACCCGAAGAACUGACUCACCAUCCAAGAGGAAAGAGAAGAGGAGCCAACACCUGGGCUCUGACGGUAUAUAUCUGGAUGACAUCACUGAACUGGAGCCAGAAGUAGCUGCCCUCUACUUUCCUAAGAGUGAUGACAGCGGUGGUUCAGUGCGUGGGGGUUCAGAGCUGAUGAUGAUGGGGGUGCGAAGUGCCAACCAGUCCCCACAGUCGGUGGGCAGUUGUGGGAUGGAUAGCGGCGUGGACAGUUUGUCAGACCAGCUUGGAUACCUGCCCCAUAUUGCUAUUUCUCUUUGUGGGGGACUCACCGACAACGGGGAGAUCACAAGAGAGGAGUUCCAGGAGAAGGCUAUUUCCUAUCAGGAAUUCUCCAACAACCCCUCUGUCAUUGACGACCCCAACCUGGUGGUCAAGAUAGGAGCCAAGUAUUACAACUGGAACACUGCAGCCCCUCUUUUGUUGGCUAUGCAGGUCUACCAGAAGCCCCUGCCACAGUGUUGGUGUCUGAGUUAUGUCUUUUCUGCUUUUGGCCUGUUUUCCUACUGCCUGCCUGGUCUGUUUGGCUCCAGUCAAGUCCAGUCUGCCUCAGUGGAGAGUAUCAUGAAGGAGAAGAUGCCAAAGAAAGGAGGACGCUGGUGGUUCUCAUGGAGAAGCAGGAACAGUGACUCCAAAACAGAAUCUGUGACAGAGGGAGGAGACGGAGAGACGUCACUCAGAAUGGGCUCCGAGAACAGAUUGAAGGAUGAGUCGUCCUCCAGUGAUGAGGACCACAGAACAACCUCUCAGGUGUCAGGAUCCUGCCUGUCAGAGCCUCUCACAAAUCCCAGUAGUGUCUGUUACAAGAAAACCCUGCGACUCACCUCAGAACAACUGGCCAGUCUGCAAUUGAAGGAAGGUCCCAAUGACGUGGUUUUCAGUGUGACCACCCAGUAUCAGGGGACCUGUCGCUGUCAUGGUACCAUCUACCUCUGGAGCUGGGACGACAAGAUUGUCAUCUCUGAUAUUGAUGGAACUAUUACCAGGUCGGACACCCUGGGCCACAUCCUGCCAACACUGGGUAAAGACUGGACCCACCAGGGUAUUGCACGGCUUUACCACAGAGUCAGCCAGAAUGGCUACAAGUUCAUGUACUGUUCAGCAAGGGCUAUUGGAAUGGCUGACAUGACGCGGGGUUACCUUCACUGGGUCAAUGAGAGGGGGACCAUGCUACCCAUGGGUCCUGUGUUGCUCAGCCCUAGUAGCCUGUUCUCUGCACUGCACAGGGAGGUGAUUGAGAAGAAACCGGAGAAGUUUAAGAUUGAGUGUUUGACAGACAUCAAACAUCUGUUCUACCCAAACACUGAACCUUUCUACGCCGCCUUCGGCAACAGGGCUACGGAUGUAUAUUCCUAUAAGCAGGUGGGUGUUCCUCUGAACAGGAUAUUUACUGUCAAUCCAAAGGGUGAGCUGAUACAAGAACAUGCCAAGACCAACAUCUCAUCCUAUGGCCGUCUGUGCGAGGUGGUAGACCAUGUCUUUCCACUUCUAAUCCGAGGUGAGGGUUCAGACUUUCCCUGUUCAGACACCUAUAGCCAGUUCACCUACUGGAAGGAGCAACUUCCUGAUGUUCCCAACCAGGAAGAGGACCUGUAGCCCCUGGAAAUCAGCAGCGGAGCCCUUUGGCAAACCUGACAAUAAAGUGGUUGCCUUCCUGCCUUUGCCUAAAUUACAGUCAGUAGUGACAGUUUGUUCAGCAGUCGUGUGAUUCAUCACAAGCUGGGCAGCCAAAAGUAUGGCGGGGACAAUGUGGCGUUCAAUUUAGAGUCAAACACUGAUGAAGCACUAUGCGCUCUCUGAGUCAGUCGUCAUUGUCGUCCUACAAAAUUGGCAUCAAAGAUAGUCAACUUCUUACCUUCUACUACCCAGUCUAGAGUAUCUGAACAACUCUUAAAUAUUAGGAAAAGAAAAACUCCCUGAACUUAA